AUGUUGCUCACAGACAGGCUUAGCACAGAUAGGCCUUGGAAUGGACUGCGUGUACGUUGCAGACAUGGAAGCGGAGUAGCUAAAAAUGGGGCUGUUCCUGAUCGUCGGCAGCGAUCUCCGGAUCUCCGCCGCCGCGUAUUAGAAAUCAAGUUGAACUUCUCUCUCUGCGCACACCUCCCUUCCACCCCAAUCAACGUCCAAUUCUACAUUCACAAUGGCCGAAGUCCCCCGGAGCAGGUGCUUCCCAACAGGAGCAAUCCAUUUUCGUUCACUGAGGCCGCCGGCAGCUCCUCGCGCAAAGAGUCGGACGACUCCAAGGCCCCGUUGCCCAAGGGCGUUGUCCUCGACAAGGAUGGCAAGCCAAAGGAUACUAACAAUCCUUACCAGCUGCCGCACCUGCACCUCCGUCGCAGCCUGGAAGAACCUAACCAGGCAAGCCAAAUCCGACAGCUCCCCAUCAACCAACACCAGCACCACACCUACAGUGCCCCGCGCCGUCCCCGCAACUCCCUCCCCAAGUACGAACCCCCCCCGAAUGCCCCCCCGGACGUCGAAGAAUUAGGCCGCUCAACAUGGACCUUGCUGCACUCCAUGGCCGCCACCUAUCCCGAGACUGCGAACGCCGAGCACCAAGAUAAUAUGCGCGGAUUCCUGAAGUUCUUCUCCAAGCUGUACCCAUGCUGGGUAUGCGCGGACGACUUCCGGACGUGGAUGGCGCAUCCAAGUGGACGCAACCAGCCGAAGCUGGGUGGCCGGAAGGAUUUUGGCUGGUGGCUUUGCGAGGCGCAUAAUGAGGUGAAUCGCAAACUGGGAAAGAAGGAAUUUGAUUGUCGAUUCUGGGAGGAGAGGUGGAGGACUGGGUGGAAGGAUGGGCGCUGUGAUUGA